AUGAUUCGUAAUUAUUAUUAAAUUCGAUUUUAGUGAGUAUGAAAUUACUACAGUACAAUUAGUCGUAAACUAAACUCUUAGAGAAUAAGAUGGAAUUUAACGGUUUAUUCAACGGUGCCAUCAGAAUAAAGGAAGAACCUAUUGAGGUGUCGCUCACAGAAAAUAAUGAUUAUGAAACGAUUGACAAGGAACCCAAUAGCAAAAAUGUUCAGUCCUCCAGAUUUCGAGAUAAUUCUACCUGUAAGCUUCAAGAACGGGACAGAUAUUAUGAAUCUGAAUUGAAUGAUCUGGAAAUUGAAUUCGAGUGUAGAGACGAAAAGCCUCACAUAAACUUAUUAGUAGUAAAGGACGAUUAUUCUCAAAAUUAUUUGCAAAACAUGAAAAAUAGUGAUAAUCAUAUGACUCAAAACAUCAUUAAAACAGAAGCCGUGGUUGUAAAAAAAGAAUUUUCCAACAACGAUUAUCAAAAAUUGAAAAAAUUUGUUGACGACGGAUUCAGCAAACCAAACAGCACGAAAAAGAAAAUUGAUUUGGCCCACAACAGUGUUACACAUUCGUGUAAUGUAUGUGGAAAAACGUUUAGAUAUAAGGGAAGUAUGAAAAAGCACAUAGAUACAAUUCAUAAAGGUAUUAACUACGCUUGUGAUGUAUGUGGAUCAAAAUUCAAAAGUAAAAGUUAUCUUAAAAUCCACAUCAAUGCGAUGCAUAAUGGUAAUAUCUACGCAUGCGAUACGUGCGGCAAGAAUUAUGUAACGAAGGGUAAUCUCCAACAUCACAUUGAUUCAAUGCACAAUGGCAUCACAUUUGCAUGUGAAAUAUGUGGAACGACUUUCUCAACUAAAGGAAAUCUCCAAAUUCAUAUCAAAAUGAAGCAUAAAGGCAUCACCCACACAUGUGACAAAUGCGGGAAAAAAUUUGCAAAAAAACAGGAUCUAAAAAUCCACAUUGAUGCGGUGCAUAAUGGUAUCAAACUUACAUGUGAAUUAUGUGUAAAAACGUUCUCAAAUAAAGGGAAUCUCCAAUUUCACAUCAAGUCGAAGCAUAAAGGUAUCACCCCCCACGUAUGUGACAAAUGCGGGAAAAAAUUUACACAAAAGUGUCGCCUCAAAAGUCACAUUGAUGUCGUGCAUAAUGGUAUCAAACUGAAAUGUGAAGUAUGUGGAAAGCAAUUCACACGAAAACAUAAUUUAAGAGCCCACAUGCGUAAUAUGCAUGUAAUAUGCAGUCGGUAAAAUGCGACAACAGAACGGCAAUCUGAAAGCUCAUAACGAUGCAGUUUACAGUGGUACCAGUUACGAACGUCUUAAAGAUACGCAGUUGGAAAAGCAAAUCGCAAAUAGAAUGUAGACGAAGGGCACGAGAAUUUUCCAUCAUCAAGUAUCAAGUAUAUCAACAAAUUGAUCAAUCGAGGUAGUAAAAACUGUAGUACUAAAAACUGUAAAAAUUCAUGCUGCGAAUCAAUAUUUGUAAUAAACUCAGCUCAUAAGCUUUUUUAAUUGUGACGUGGAGAAUAACUGAAACUAGCAUACCGAUAUGCUCUGGAUUUAUCAAAGACGCGCGAAUGUAAAUUUGAAGUAAAUUAAAAUUAUAAUUCAUCUCAAAUCUUAUAUUGAGAUAGUUAUGUCAACUGAUGAGCUCCUAUAAAGUUCGUAAUUA